AUGAAAGAAGGUAAAGUAUGGAUAGAAGACAACCAGUUCAUUGCUCCAAUGGUUUCCAAUCAUAUGAGCACAUGGGCAAAACCAAUAGCUGUUGGAUCCUUCAGCCCACACAUGAGCGAGUUCCCAAGAAAACGAAAAGGAAAUGAUUUGGAUCUAUCCCAAGAAGCUCACAGCCAAACUGAAAAGCGGAGGAGAGAUAAAAUGAACAACCUGAUUGAAGAACUGUCUGCAAUGAUCCCCCAGUGCAAGCCCAUGGCACGGAAGCUGGACAAACUGACCGUUUUAAGAAUGGCCGUUCAGCACUUCAAGUCUCUAAAAGGUAUGACAAAUUCUUAUGCAGGAGAUAUUUAUCGACCUUCAUUUAUUCAGGAUAAUGAGCUCAGACACCUAGUCCUUAAGACUGCAGAAGGCUUCCUGUUUGUGGUUGGUUGUGAAAGAGGAAAAAUUCUCUUCGUUUCUAAGUCAGUCUCCAAAAUACUUAAUUAUGAUCAGGCUAGUUUGACUGGACAGAGCUUAUUUGACUUCUUACAUCCAAAAGAUGUUGCCAAAGUAAAGGAACAGCUGUCUUCUGACAUUUCACCAAGAGAGAAGUUAAUAGAUGCCAAAACGGGUUUGCAAGUUCACAGUAAUUUCCAUAGCAGAAGGACUCGCGUGUGCUCUGGCUCCAGACGGUCCUUUUUCUGUCGGAUAAAGAGCUGUAAAAUCUCGGUCAAAGAAGAGCACGACGGCUCGCCCGACGCAACGAAGAAAGAUCAUAGGAAAUUCUGCACUGUCCACUGCACGGGUUACUUGAGAAGCUGGCCUACAAGUAUUGUUGGAAUGGAAGAAGAAAGGGACAGUACGGAAGACAGCAGUUUCACCUGCCUUGUUGCCAUUGGGAGAUUAUAUCCAUGUACUGUCCCACAGAACAGUGGCGAGGUUCAAGUGAAACCAACGGAAUUUAUAGCCCGUUUUGCAGUGAAUGGGAAAUUUGUCUAUGUGGACCAAAGGGCAACAGCAAUUUUAGGAUAUCUGCCUCAGGAACUUCUGGGAACUUCUUGUUAUGAAUAUUUUCAUCAAGAUGACCGUAGUAAUUUGACUAACAAGCACAAAGCAGUUCUACAGAGUAAAGAGAAAAUAUUUACAGAUUCAUACAAAUUCAGAGCAAAAGAUGGCUCUUUUGUAACUUUAAAAAGCCAGUGGUUUAGUUUCACAAAUCCUUGGACCAAAGAACUGGAAUAUAUUGUGUCUGUCAACACUUUAGUUUUGGGACACAGCGAGACCGGAGGAGCUUCGUCACCUCCUUACAGCUCUCAGUCAUUGGAAGAGUCCUGUGUCGGUGUGCCUGGACUGUGCACCGGCACAGUGCUUGGUGCUGGCAGUAUCGGCACAGAUAUUGCAAAUGAAGCUCUGGACUUACAAAGGUUACAGUCUUCUUCAUCCUUUGGUGAUUCAAGUCCAACAGAUUUAAUGAAAGAUACUCACACUAUAAACUGCAGGAAUAUGUCAAAUAAGGAGUCGACUCCACUAAAUCCAUAUGAAAUAUGGGAGCUAGAAGCCACAAGGCAAAACCACAGCACUGUUGCUACCCCCAGUCACGAACCACUCCUAGGCGGUGGUGCCCAGCUGGAUUUUGAUGCCCUGUGUGACAAUGAUGACACAGCCAUAGCUGCCUUCAUGAAUUACUUAGAAGUAGAGGGGGGCCUGGGAGACCCCGAAGGCUUCAGCGACAUCCACUGGACCCUUUAGCAUUUGACUUUUAACUCCAAAAAUGAGAAAUGUUUUACAGUAUUUCCUUUACAAAAAACUAUAUGUUCUUCUGUACUGUAUUGAUACUCUUUUUAUCCUUUAUUCUUAUGAAGGUUCUACCAAUUUUUAUAGAUUUGCACCUACUUUCACAGGGGUCUGGGGAAAUGGGAUGUUUUUCUUCAAAUAGAACUGCUCAGAAUUUUCUACAGACCCCUUUACUCAGCGAACUGGUUUUAAACUCACUAGCUGCUAUUUUUUUUUUUUUUG